UUAUUGCUAUCCAGAAAUCAUGGAGCGGCGGUGGUUACAUCGGUCGAGGCGGGUUCUUCUCCACUCUCUCUAAAGCGACGGCCGACGGACCCGCAUUCCCGACGGCCGGCGACGCCCGUCUCCUUCCGCCGCCGCCGUUGCCGUCAUCCUAAAAUGCUCUGCUCCGUCCCGGCCGACCGGUCCGGGUCGAACUGGCUGGACCGCCUCCGGUCCACCAGGGGCUUCCCCGCCGGCGACGGCCUCGGCCUCGAUCACUUCCUCGCCAACCCCCAAAACCCUAGCCCCCCGACUCCGCCGGCCCCCGAUCCGUCCACUUCCGAGUCGACUCACUCGGUCCAGAGCCAAAUCGGCACCCAGGACCACGCGCACUCGGCGCGGGCUCAGGACCCCUGCGGCGAGAGGGACUGGUACGGCAUUAUGACGGGCGUCCUGUCGGAGCUCUUCAACAUGGGGGACGGCGGCGGGGAGGUCGCGAGGAAGAGCUCCAGGAAGCAGCCGAACCCUAGGUUCUUCCCCAAUUCCAGACCCUCCGACGCCAGCGCCGGGGAGAAGAUCUCCGAUUGCGCCGCGGCGGCCACGGCGGGGGCGGCGGGGGGAGAGAAUGCGGGGUGGAGGACGCUGUCGGCGGAUUUGGAGAGCGAUGCGGUGGACAGGACGGCGAGGGGAGCGGAUGCGGAUGGGGAGGAGGAGGAGGAGGAGGAGAAGGAGAGCGGGGAUAAUCAGGAUUUGGUCGGGUACUCGAGGAGCGAAGUGACCGUGAUCGACACGAGCUGCGAGUCGUGGAAGUUCGAGAAGGUGUUGUACCGGAGGAAGAAUGUGUGGAAGGUCAGGGACAGGAAGGGGAAGGUGAGGAGCAGCAUUGGGAGGAAGAAGAGGAAAUUAGGGGGUGGGAGUGAGGAUGGGAUUGUGGGUGGGAAGAAGAAACUCAAGGUUUCGGGUUCUGAGGUUGAUGAAUUGGGUGAGGAACAGAAUAUUGAAAAUGGCAAAGUGGAAACCUCCAAGGAACUGGCUCAUAAUCUCGAUAAAUCCUCCAAGACAAGGUUCCACCUUCAAUUUUGUGAGUCCCCCAGGAAGCGGAGGACCGGAGGUUCAUCUGUUGUACUUAUCAAAGGCAUUCCCACAGUCAAGAGUAAGAAAGCAAAAUCGUCUAAGAGUCAUAUCAAGCCUUCCCAAUGUAAAUUGAGGCUUGAUAAAACUGCAUACCUAGAAUUGGGUAGUGGAAAUGCUUGCUGUUAAUUUGAAAAUUGCAAUUGGAUAGUGAUGAUUAUCGUGUGAAGCUUAAUUCAAAUGUAAGCAGAGUGAAUUCACUUAAAAAUUUUUCCAUUUUGGGUAGGUCUCGAGAUUGGUGGUAUGUCCUGUGAAACUGUCUAACUUCAAAACAGUAGUAGCUUUGUCUUUAGAAAUUGUUUUGAAGAACUCGAAACAUUGUAUUUUCUGGCAAAAUUCACUGUAAAGAUACCUCUUUUUCGAGUAAA